CGAGACACGAGAUACGAGACGAGAGCCACCCCUGUUACAUACCAUUUACACACCAUUUUAGCAAUAUUUGCUUCUUUUAAUCUGCUGAUCUCAUUAUAAUAUACCCCUUGGGAUUGAAUGAAAUCGUAAGGGUUACCUUAAAUAGGAGGUAUCGGGUUAAUAGAGGGUAUAUUAAAUAUUUUUCAUGUAUAUGAUAAUAUAUAUGAUAAUAUGUCCACUUAAUGCGCAACAAAAUUUUAAAGAACGGAUCUUAAAUAUAGGUCUAAUAUUGUACUGGCUCUAUAUAGAAUUCAAUACUCGAAUAUGUCAAUCAGAACUUGAAGGGACUCAUUGCUUUCCAAGCCCAUUGCUUUCAUCAGAUCCAAAGGAAUCUCCCUCUUCCCUUCCCUCACGCCAAUUAGCUACCGGAUUUUCUACCAAAUUUGAACCAAAUUUUGCUCGGACCUUUUUCCCAGGCUGGGACGACCCUUCAAUUCGUUCAACAUUUAAUUUAUCUGUCCAACAUUUUUCUGACACAAAUAUUUUAUUCAACACACCACCCUUACCCAACAAACAAAAUGUUUCUACAAAUAAUUUAAUUAAAUUGACACGUUUUGAAACAACUCCCCCAAUGCCUCUAUAUUUAUUUGCAAUAGCUACUGGGCCUUUUAAACCUAUACAAGUUGUGACAACAAAAACUAAUUUGAGUUUAAAUAUUUGGAGUAAUAAUCAAGAUUUAUUAACUGCACAUUUUGUGGCUAAUUUUUCGCCCAUUAUGUUUGAUAAAUUACAAGAGGAUUUUAAUGUAGGGUUUUUAAUUUUAAAUUUAAUUUUAAAAUGAAAUGUGAAAUGGAAGCAAGUGUUGGUUUUGAAAAGAAAAUGAAGGAAAAAAUAAAGGAAAGAAAUUAGAAAGAAAAAAUGGAGUCGAGGUUGAAGGGGUGUUGUGGAGAGGGACGAACGUUGGUUGACCGCUUAUAAAAUAACUAAAAAUCAACCAAUAAAUGUAAAU